AUGCUCUUUACGCUAUUGCGCUCACCCGGAUUGCCUACUCUUCCACGUCCAGCUCUCCACGCGCGGUUCUUUGCAGCUUCUACAGUCAAGCCCUGCCCCUCCGCCCGAUCGUCGCGAACCAUGACGACAGGUAACUCUGGUAAAAUCACCGACUGGGUCAAUCCCAAUGACAAGUCUGGCGAGUUCAAGCGUCAGCAGUCGGUCUUCCGCAGCUUCAUCUCCCACAAGCCCGGGGCGCAAUUCCCGCCGGAGAAGGGCCGCUAUCAUCUCUACGUCUCCUAUGCUUGUCCCUGGGCCCAUCGGACUCUGAUUACCCGUAAGCUCAAGGGUCUGGAUGAUAUCAUCUCCUUCUCUUCGGUACACUGGCACCUCGGUGAGAAAGGAUGGCGUUUCGCUACUAUCGACGAGGACCUGCCGGGCGAGAACACUGUUCCCGACCCACUGCAUAAAGACUUCACUCAUCUGCGUGAUAUCUACUUCUCCAAUGAACCGGACUACACUGGUCGCUUCACGGUCCCCGUGCUCUUCGACAAGAAGACGAAUCAGAUCGUCAGCAACGAGAGCGCGGAAAUUAUCCGCAUGUUCUACUACGAGUUCGACGAAAUCCUGCCGGAGCAAUACAAGAAGAUCGACCUCUUCCCUGUUCCUCUGCGCUCCGAAAUCGACACCUCCAACGAAUGGAUUUACAACGACGUCAACAACGGUGUCUACAAGGCCGGCUUCGCAACCACCCAAGAGGCCUACGAAAAGGCCGUCACCACGCUCUUCUCCGCCCUUGAUAAGAUCGAGGCCCAUCUUUCCAAGCAGGCUGCCGUCUCCCCGUACUUCUUUGGCAAUACAGUCACCGAGGCUGAUAUCCGGCUGUUCACGACGAUCGUCCGAUUUGACCCCGUAUAUGUGCAGCACUUCAAGUGCAAUAUCCGUGAUAUCCGAUCUGGCUUCCCGGCUAUUCACCGCUGGGUGCGCGGGCUGUACUGGGAUCUGCCUGCGUUCCGCGAGACGACGGACUUUGAGCAUAUCAAAAAGCACUAUACCAAGUCUCAUAAGCAGAUCAAUCAGUUUGCGAUUACACCGGUUGGUCCGUUGCCAGAUAUUCUGCCGAAGGACGAGGAGGUGAAGGCUGCGCAGGCUGCGAAGUGA